CGCGAAGAAGAGCUGCGGAAGUGUGCAGGGUGUAAACAAUCCGAACAUCAUAAGGGGAAGAAGUCGUCUUUAAAUCUUUAUGUUACCUGCUGAAAGUCAGCAUGCCUUACCUUGGCAACGAGGAGACGGUGAAAGAGCUGCGCAGAGCUCUGAGCAACCCCAACAUCCAGUGUGACCAGCUGCGCUACAGGAACACCGUCCUCAGAGUCAUCAGGUCCAUGUCCCAAGGCGUGGACGUGUCGGGCCUGUUCAGUGAGAUGGUGAAGGCCUGCGCCACCGUGGACAUCGUCCAGAAGAAGCUGGUGUACGUCUUCCUGUGCUCCUACGCCGCCGUGAACCCGGAGCUGUCUCUGCUCGUGAUCAACACGCUGAGGAAAGACUGUCAGGACCCCAACCCCAUGGUCCGCAGCCUGGCCCUGAGGAACAUGACCAACCUGAGGUUGCCCAGCCUGGUGGAGUACGUGGAGCAGCCUCUGACGGCAGGACUUCGGGACCGAGCGGCGUGUGUGCGGCGGGUGGCCGUCCUGGGCUGGGCCAAACUGCACCACCUGCAGCCCGACUCCGAGAUCGACGCCGUGGUGGUGAACGAGCUGUACAGCCUGCUGAGGGAUCCGGACCCCGUGGUGAUGGUGAACUGCCUCCGAGCCCUGGAGGAGAUCCUGAAGGAGGAGGGGGGCGUCGCCAUCAACAAACCCAUCACCCAUCACCUCCUCAACAGGCUGAAGGAGUGUGACCUCUGGGGUCAGUGCGAGGUGCUGAGGUUCCUCCAGCGCUACAGGCCCAAAUCUGAAGACGAGCUCUUCGACAUCCUGUCUCUGCUGGACGCCUCGCUGGUCAGCCCCCACCCUCCCGUCAUGGCCGCCACCCUCAGCCUCUUCCUGAGCCUGUGCUCCGGCGUGCCCUCCGUCAGCCUGGCGGCUCUGGAGCGGGUGCGUGGGCCUCUGCUGGCGGCCUGCGGGAGCGGCUCCAGAGAAAUGAAGUUCGCGGCUCUGUGCCACAUACAGCUGCUGCUGCGCUCCAUCCCGGGCCUGCUGGGAGCUCACUACAAGCGUUUCUUCUGCGGCUACGCCGAGCCGGCCUACAUCAAGCAGAGGAAGAUGCAGGUGCUGGUGGAGCUGGUGAACGACGACAACGUGGGAAUGUUGCUGGACGAGCUGAAAGGUUACUGCACGGAUGUCAACCCCGACACGGCCCAGACGGCCAUCUCUGCCAUCGGUCGCAUCGGACGAAGCUACAGCGACAAAUGUCUGGAGAUCCUCACCGGACUGCUGGGCCUGAAGCAGGAUCACAUCACCUCUGCGGUGGUGCAGACCAUGCGUGACCUUAUCUGGGUGUGUCCUCAGUGCAGCGACACUGUUUGCUCCUCACUGGAAGGCUGCGAGGAGACGCUGCAGGACAGCCAGGGCAGGCAGGCUCUGCUGUGGCUGCUGGGAGUGUACGGAGAGCGGAUCUCCAGCGCCCCCUACACUCUGGAGGGCUUCAUCGACGAGGUGAAGAGCGAGAUCUCUCCGGGAGUCAAGAUGGAGCUGCUGACGGCCGCCGUGAGGCUGUUCCUGUGUCGCCCCGCCGAGACGCAAGACAUGCUGGGAAGGUUGCUGCACUACUGCAUAGAGGAGGAGGCGGACAUGUGCGUGCGGGAUCAGGCGCUGCUCUACUACCGCCUGCUGCUCUGCGGCCUGGACCAGACGCGCCGGGUCCUCCAGGCGCGCCGGUCGGACCCCUCGCUGGGCGUGUUCAUCGGCCGGCCGGCGGAGCCCGUCGGCCAGUGGGCUCGCAGCUUCAACACCCUGGAGCCCCUGAAGGACGGCGCCGUGGAGACGGAGCCCGCCAGCAGGGGGAGUCCAGAACACGUGACCUUCGACCCCAAGCCACGCUCGGACCUGCCAGAGACGCUGAGCUGCAGCUACAGCGAGACGGGCCGGUCGGAAGAUGGCGACGGCGACGGCGGCGAUGGCGCCCAGCCUCCAGACUCUCGCUCUGCUGUCAUGGCUUCCAGCACUGCGGCCCCCCUCAGCCUGUCCCUGUCCCCUCCGCUCAGCCCAGAGGAGUUUGAACGGCUGUGGCUGCAGCGGCAGGCCCUGCAGGACGAGCCAGGUUGUGAAGGAGCCAGAGAGGAGGAGGACUGUGUGUGGGUAGAAGAGUGUAUCGAGUGCCCGACCGUCCCUCACUGCUCCCCGCAAAGCCUGCAGGCCGCCAUGCAGCUGGUCAACAUCCAGGCGCUGGCCUUCACGCCGCCGCAGGCGCUGCCCUGGAGGGUCUACCUGUACACGCACGCCCGGCGCGGCACGGCGCGGCGCUCGCUCGUCCUGGGCGAGCUGCUGUACACGGGGGCGGCGUGCCGGCUCGGAGACGGGCGGGCGGAGGACGAGCAAACAGAGGCGACAGCUGCCGGGCGGGCCGAGGGAGAGGACGGAGAGAGGAGGGGAAUCAAAGUCACUCUGAGGCUGCAGCCGAGAGACGAAACCUGUCUGAGAGGAUUUCUGUCCGUUCUGACCACGGUGCUGAACACUCUGACUGAACACAGUGAUUAAAUACCGGAUAGCGGGUCGGCAGAGAUGGACACAUGAAAAAAAUCCUCUACAGCCUUGUUUGGAAAUUAAAUGUUGUUAAUAAAGUAUUUA